GCGGCGCUUCUCCGGAACCAGUGUUCCAGUGCAUACUCCCCGCUACGGCAGAGUUGGAGCGUUGCACUCGGUAGUUCUUCCCCUGCUCAACUUCCUCUCGGUCGAAAAGAUCAAGCUGGAUGUUUUAGCUGGCGCUGCUUGCGAAGAGAACAGUUGCUACAUUUAUGGCAGGGAUUUUGCACUCAGUAGUUCAGAGGUCCCCAGGCAGACUACAGACUGUGACAAAAGGUGCGGAAUCUCUCAUUUGUACAGACUGGAUUCGUCACAAAUUUACCAGGUCAAGAAUACCGGAUAAAGUAUUUCAACCUUCAGCUGCCGAUCAUGAAAAAUAUGGCGGGGACCCACAGCACCCUCAUAAACUGCAUAUUGUUACCAGAAUAAAAAGUACAAGCCGUCGUCCAUACUGGGAAAAAGAUAUAAUAAAGAUGCUUGGAUUAGAAAAAGCACAUACUCCUCAAGUCCAUAAGAAUAUCCCUUCAGUGAAUGCAAAACUAAAAGUAGUCAAACAUUUGAUAAGAAUUCAGCCCCUGAAGUUGCCCCAAGGACUUCCCACAGAGGAGGAUAUGUCUAACACGUGCCUCAAGAGCACAGGGGAGUUAGUAGUACAGUGGCGUCUGAAGCCUGUGGAGCCCGAAGCAGUGAAGUCCUGAUGCCAGAGCAGCUUCAGAUUAGAAAAUGCAAAUCUUUGUUAUUUAAAGAUGGUGAGAAAAUGUUCAUUAAAAUAUGUUAUAAAUACCA